UGGAGACACAUCAGCGCCUUGGCCUGUGUUGGCAAUGAAUUGCGAAGCGGAUGCAGCCCCCAAGGCGGCCGUCCAUCAGAGACAAGCUUGACAGGCGAAAGUCACUUCAGGAUGAGCUCUUAGCUGUCGAGAGCGAUGAGGCUCAUGACUCCACUCCCAGAAACAACGAGGAUGAUGAUGAGGGAGAGCUGUGGUGCGGCAACGAGGGGACCGGCUUGGACAUGGAGGAGAGCGAGGAGAGCUCCUUCAUGGAUGAGGAUGAAAUUGAGGCGCGUUCUGAAUUGCAAGAUGGCGACCGUGAGAGUCAAGACAAGAUUCUUGACUGGUGGUGCCAGCGUCAGCUGCUGCGAGUGGUGAGAAGACUUGCGCGUCUUCCGAAGGCUGGCCCCUUCAAGGAGCCACUUCCUUGGAAUGAACUGGGUCUUGAUGAUUAUCCGGAGGUUAUAUCAGAUCCAAUUGAUUUGAGGACCAUAGCUGCAAGACUGCAGGAUGGGGAAUACAAGGAUGAAGAGGGCUUUGUCAAUCCCGACAUCUUCUGGCAGGAGGUGGCUCAGUGCUGGGAAAAUUGCAAAGUCUACUACGAGGAUGAUACUGAGAUUGAAGCUGUACGAAUGGCGGAGGAGAUGCGCCUGGAGGCUGAGGCGUUGGAAGAGGAGUUCUGGCAAGACCUUGAAAAGUUCGAAGAAUCGCUUGACCGAGUCAAGGGGAAGGCGCUAAGCAAAGUCGCGGCGGUUGCAGAUGUUGCGAAAGGUGCCAUGCAGGAUGCGGCGAGCUUGGCUAUGCAAGAGUCAAUGAAGCUUGCCAAGCGCACACAAGAUUGGUGGAACAAGCUUCGAGGCAAAAAACCUGAAGAGCUGGAGAAGAAAGACAUCCACGUUCUCCAAAUUGAGGUGAAGCCACGCUUGCGGGAUCAUUUCUUGGAGAUGCUGAAGAUGCGUUUCCGAGUGGAUGGGUGGGAGGACGUCAUGGGCAUCGAAGAAGAGGUGAUCGUGGGCAUGCGUGAGAACUGGCCUAUUCUGGAGGAGGAAUCAGAUUUGGUUGGCUACCUGCCUGAACCUGGUGCCAACUUCUCCAAGAAAGUGGCUAUCGAGAGGCUGCUUCCAACGAAGUACGUGGCCUACGUGCAUGGUGCAAGCCGCAGUACUCGGCAUGCUCGUGGGGAGUCAUCGCUGGCGAGCAGCAGGAGCAGCGUCCGCUCCUCCCGCUUUGGCGCAGCCAUGACUGGGUCUCGCCGAAACUCGCAUGAGAGCUCACGCGCCGGAUCUCGCAUGGGUUCACGGGGACAAUCUCCCGCAAGGUCUGAGACCUCGGCCAGCAGGCAGCAGACACCCCGAUCCUACAGGUCUGAAGGUGAAGGCUCUAUUUCGGCCUUCUCGCACGGCUCAGACGCCUCGAAGAUGAUGAACAGGGCUGUCCGUGCCUCGGUGCUCGAGGCUGGUGUGGCUCAGGUGCCGGGAAUCGAAUCAUCAUCAGAGUCGGACCCGGAAAAGCCAGAGAUCAACGCUCCAUCCGUCCAACGGCUGUCCAUGAUGAUGCCCCCAAAGGGCAGGACCUCUGUCGUUGGCAAGGCGUGAUCGCGCUCAAGGUUAAGGGCAUGCUGAGCUAGGUAGUUGUAUUUUAGUUUGUGUCACCCACAAAGUUGCCCCGAAAUGGCAAGGGCAAUAUGUACAUAGCAUAAGCAACACUCGAAUGUUGCCAGUGCAUUCGGAACAGCGUCGGGAUUGAGCUUGCC